CCGAACUUCUGGUUGAAGGAGGAGGCGACAAACCGGUUCUCCGGCGAUGAACUGGUGCGGUCGCCUUCGAACCGCAGUCCGUCAGUCGAAGUGAGUCAACAGAAGAACCGAGUUGGAUCCGCGCUGAUGGCGACGGCACAAACGUCCCGUGGAAGAUCAGACAGCAAAGGGGAUCCUCUGAACUUCAGACUGGUCCUUGUUGGGAAAACUGGAGUGGGGAAAAGCUGCAGUGGAAACACCAUCCUGGGACAGGACGUCUUCAAAGAAGCUGAUGGUCCUUCCUCAGUGACCAGUGAAUGCACCAAGAGGGAGGACUAUGUGUGUGACAGAUGGGUUUCUGUCGUGGACACUCCAGGUCUCUUUGACACAACCCAGAAGGAUGACGCCGUGAAGAGAGAGAUCUCCAAAUGCAUCAACAUGUCGGCCCCGGGGCCCCACGCCUUCCUGCUGGUCAUCAAGGCGGCGGUAUUCUUCUCAGAGGAGGAAGGAAAAGCUGUGAAACAGGUGCAGGAGAUCUUUGGAGAAAAUGCCUGGAAAUACACCAUAAUCCUCUUUACCCAUGGAGAUGCAGUUCAGGGCGACUUCAACGAGAUGUUGGAAACGGCCACACCUGACCUUAAACAGAUCCUGAACAAGGUUCGAGAGAGGUACCACAUCUUCAAUAACCUCAAAAUCAACGAUCGGGGUCAGGUCCUGGAACUGUUGAACAAGGUAGAGGACAUGGUGCACAAAAAUGGAGGAAGGUGUUAUUCCAACCCCACCUACCUGGAGGUGGAAAAGAUGUUGGAGAAGAGGGAGACUGAGCUCAAAGAUGUUUACCUGAAGAAACUGGGGGAAGAAGUAAAAGCUGUGGAGUUGAAGUACGAGGAGAAGCUGAGAGAAGCAAAAAAGGAGCAGGAAGAAGAACAGAUGAAAAAACAACGCGAUGCUGAGCUGAAGGAGACGCGUCGAUUCUACCAAAGAUUACUAAGAAAAAUAAAACCUAUUGUGGAAAAGAUGGUCAAAGACGAAGAAGUGGAAGAAACGUCAAAGAAGCUCAAUGAGAAACUGAAGCUGAGCUGAUUUGUGACAAGCAAUGGACCAUUAAUCUGAUCAGGAAACUGCUGACUUUCAUCAAUUCAAGGACUUUAAUAAGCUCACGUUACGUUUUUAGUCUUUAGCUUAUGUCAAGUAACUGUGAUUGUUUAGUUACACUCAACUCUGUGGUGACUGUUAAUCCUGGACUCUGAUAAUCAGUUCAAGGAACCAGGAGUCUGUUGAGGUGAAACUGUCAUUCAUUACAAAGUGUAAAAGAAUAAAAUGACCUUCUCUUGAA